AUGUAUGGUCAAGAAUAUAACGGAGCCAACAAUAUGGCUGGUAAAUUUAGAAGUGCACAGAAAAUAAUUAAUGAUCAGUUUCCGAAGGCAUUAUAUGUCCAUUGUUCUGCACACUCCCUAAAUUUAGCUGUGUCCUCAUUAAGCAACAUUAGACUGAUAAAAAAUUGUCUUGGAAUAAUUGAAAAACUACAAGUCUUUUUUAAUACACCUAAAAGAAACAAUGUAUUACAAAAUGAAGUUGAAAAAACUGAUCAUUCACCCAAUAUUACUACACUUAAAUACUUUAUGCAAAGGUACGAUGCAUUGAAUGAUUUCUGUAAACUUUAUCCUUAUGUUAUCAAAUCUUUAGGUUAUAUCACUUCAGAAUGGAAAUAUACAUCUGCCACUGAUGCUAAUAUGCUUCUGAAGAGUAUUCAAGACUUUGAGUUUAUUGUUUCACUAUAUGUUACCAAGGUAAAAUAUAUUAUUAAAUUAAAUAUAAAAUAAAUAGCCAUGUAGAUAUAUAAAUGUAUUCAUAUGAACACAUUUAAUAGUAAUUAGUAGUAGUUUUAUCUUAGGUACUAUUUUCAUAGUGCUUGCCAGUUUGCAAACAGUUGCAAAAAGAAAAAAUAUUUAGAAAAAACAAUAGAUUUAAUUGAAAACGUUAUUAGCAUAGUAACAGAUAUGCAGAAAUUUUCUGAAAAAGAAUUUAAAUUAAUUUUAAAUGAAGCAAAGGUAACAUAAAAAUUUAAUAUUUAUUUUAUAUUUUAAUAUAAUUAAUCACUUAUAGAAAUCAACAGAUCUAUUUGGGAUUACUAUCAAUAGAAAACGUAUAAGAACCAAACAAACGUAACAGAGCUAAUCCUCAAAAUAUAAAAUCAGAUGAAGACUAUUUUCGAGUGACAAUAUGUUUGCCUUAUAUAGAUCAUUCCAUAUCUCAACUUGAGGAAAGAUUUACAAACCAUACAAAUAUUUUAAAAAUUAAUACCAAAACAUUGGUUGUAAAUUAUUGUAAUAUAGGUAUAUUUCUAUUUAAUUUACAAAAAUCUUAUUGAAAUCCCUAGGUUUUGAAUGCUUAUUUCAUUCAGAGUUUACUGAUAAAGAUAAAACAGAAUUUCAAAAGUUGAUCUACAUUCUCCUAUUAUCAAUUAGCACAAUAUUUUGGCUGAAUUCAAAAUAUGGAAAUUCAAAUUAACUUUAAGCAGUGAAAAUCUAACAAAAAAUGAAAUAUAUUAUGCACAUCAAAAAAUAAAUAGAAAAAAAGGAAUAAUAAUACAACAAAAUAUUAUGGAUAAAAUAAAAAUAUAAUAUGACAACUAAUAACAUGUUGUAUUCUGUGGGAUAAUUCAGAAAUUAUAAAUUAAAAAGAAAAAAAUGAUGUAACACUAUAAAUGUACAAAUUUAAAAAGUAUAUUAUCCGACAAAUUUCCACAAUAAUGUCUUAUGGAUCUGAAAAGCUCAAAAGUUAUAUUAUAAUAGUUAAUUAUAUUGUAAGCGGUGAAAAAGUGUAUCAAAUAAUAAAUAUUAAUUUAUACACUUUUUAACUCAAUAAAUAUAGAAAAACGUAAGAGUUCCAGGUUCAAAAUUGAAUAAUUUGCACAAAUAUAUUUUAAAAACUAAAACAAUGAACUUACUUUGUUUUGUAGAACCUAUAUUAUGUAUUUUUUUAAAAAAAAAUUCAAAUAUACCUAUACUUUUCUUUUUAAAUAAGAUUACUGUAUUACAAUUAAAUUUGUAUUAAUGUAGUUUUAUAUACUAUAUUUAUAUUUAUCUAGGUAUUUAAUUAGGUUUGUGAUGUGUAAAAUGUAUAAUGAGAAUUAAAUUAUUUCUAAAAUCCCUACUUAUAUAAUUAUCAAUAAUUCUAUAACAUAAAUCUUAUUUGACAUGAUUUUAAAAUUAACUUUUUAGGUAAGCUAAAUUACGAUUCAGACUACUGUGCGCUAUAAGCGUUACCGAUUUCAUUAUUUUGAAUUUUUAUACCCAAUUUUUUUCUACCAGAAAUAUAGCUCUAAUCGGAAAUGACAUGAGAUCGAUUUUGUUUCUUUUAAUAAAUGACCAUUAAUAUAAAAAUCGUUUUUUGAUAACUUAAGUAUUUUACAAAAAUUAAAUAAUGUUUUUUUAUAAUUUUUAUAAUAAUUUUACUAUACAAUUUUGAUGAAAAUUGUAAACAUUACGAUUUUUCGAAAAACAUAUAAUUGAACUUGACUAAAAAUAAUUUUUCGUUAACAAUGGUUUAUCGUUGAUUAGAGGUAUUAAUAAAAAACUAUGUAUCCCAUUUUUCCAACUACCCACCUACAACAGUGGCCACACAGUAUCAGCUAUUUUUUUUCGAAUGCCUAUUGAGCAAUAGGCUCAACGCCUAUUUGACUGAAAUAGGUUUUAAGUUUCUCCAUUUUUUCCCCCCGCUUUAUCUAAACCAUCGUAGUUUUUCAUAGACUACAAUAUAGGUUUAUGGUCUAAACCUGCAUUUAAGAUCGCAUUUACCUACUAGUAAAAUAUGUAUUGUUUACGGUCUUAAAAAAAAAAAAUUGGCCCAAAAAACAGCAGAAAUUUACAAAAAAAAAACAAAUAUAUAUGUAUAUUUUAUAAUUACCACUGGGCAUUGAUGACUCCGGCAGUUGGGCAGUUUAUUGUCCGUUCGAAUAAAUUACAUACAAUCUAUGACGAUAGUCAGUUCUUAUAUUUGAUUUAAUUUUUUCAAUUUCAAAUGAUUAUUCGUAAUUAUUAUGUUCAGUAAAACUUAUGAAUCAUGCUAUUUUGUAAUUCAUACAAAAAUACAUUUUCCAAUGCAAAUUUGAUAAGAACUUAUUGGGUAUUAUUGCUUAUCAAAUUACAGUAAUACUUUGCUGAUUCCUACCUUAAUCCUGUUUUACUUACAUUAAAUCGAAAGUUGUAAUCAUUUUCGUUCUAAAAUAAAUUGUAAUUGUUUUACACGUAUAAAAUUAUUUAAAAAUACUGUUUCAGGAAAAUCCUUCGACUUGUAUGUGACCCAUUUUAGCAUGAUGCCAGGCCUAAGUUCUUACAUCAAUUUAUUAUCAACUAGCGUGAUCUGGUGGUCAAAUAUCGUAUUUCUUAGGUAAAUAUAUGAGAACUAGAGAGCACUACUACAUUAUUAUGGAUAACUUAUUAAAAAUUGAAUAGUUCCAGUAUCUUCCCCUAUGUUUUUAAAAAAAGAGUCUCAAGUCUGUGAUAAUGUGACCCAUAUUCAUAAACUUGGCUGUCGUUCAAACGUUUCAAAUUAUCGGCCAAUAAUCGUAUGUAGUAGUUCAGUAUUGAUAGCACGUGACUAAGCCACAAAACCCCAGAAGUAGAAAAUAGGGUUCGGGUUUCCAUAGGAUCUAGUACCAUGAAAGAAAAAAUUGAGCUGGCAAUAAAAUAAUUAAAACGUAAUAAAUCCGCUGAAAUCGAUCUUCUGAAUGGGGAACUCCUGAUGACUUAAGUGGAAACUGGUUAAAAAGUAUUGUCCAAUAUAAUAUAUGAAUUCUGAAGCCUAUGAAACAGGUAAAGCCCCCGAAGAAAAAAGACUGAAAAUACGAAGAAUAUAGAACAAUAAGCUUAACAUCGCAUGUCUCGAAUGUUUUACAAAAAUAGUUCACAAAAGGAUGAAAAAUAUAAUUAAUGGAAAAUUUAACAGAUGAUCAAUUUGGGUUUAGAAGCAAGACCUUACAGUAGAAAAAAAUGUUCAGAAUUAGUAAACCUAUAGGUAUGCAUAACCAUUGUGGACUUGAAAGGAGCUUUUGACAAUGUGAGAUGGGAUUAUUCACCACAAGAACAUUAAGCAUUAAGAACAGAAAAAACUUAGUAAAACAAUGGUAUGGAAUGUAACCUUAAUGGAGUGGAAUCAUAGGCAAUUUUGAAAGCUGAUAGAAGAAGAAUAGAAGCAUCCGAAACUUGGUGUUGGCGAAAAUCUCCCGGACAGCAUGAAUGA